AUGAGUUACUUUCCUCGAACAUCUGCUCAUUUGAUGAGAAAUGUUCUUGUUCCAAAUAAAAGAAAAAUAUAUCUACGAAUUAGUACACAAAUACAUGAUACCCCAAUACAAAUAAGAUUUAGUGGAGCUCGUCAUAUUAGUGGGAAUCAUGGGGGAAAGCAACAACAUAUAAAUACUGCGCCGAUUGAAUUCACCCCCAAUUUUGGGUAUGGUGAUAGAGCCCUUAGAUGCAACAAAACGGUUGAGUCUACUGCCAUGAAGACUCUCAGAUGCACGGAUGAUAUCUCAACUUCGAGUGAAAGCGAAACUUCUACCGGCUCGAGCACACAAUUGCCUUUCAACGUUAAGCUAAUAGAUCCAAGCGUAAGAAAAGCAAAGAAAUCAUCUCAUUCAGCCAGUCAAAGACUGGAUCUGAAAACUUUAAAGAAGAAGAUAAUUAUCCCGUAUCUCCAGUUGACCAAACCGCGACUUACCAUCCUAGUGAUGUUAAGUGCUAUUUGCUCGUAUGCCUUAUCUCCCUAUCCAGCCUCGGUCAGCGAACUGUUAUGUCUGACAGUAGGUACGACGCUUUGUUCUGGUUCUGCAAAUGCUAUAAAUAUGGGCAGAGAACCAGAAUUUGAUAGACAGAUGGUGAGAACGCAAGCGAGGCCCGUGGUUAGGGGUGACGUUACACCUACUCAAGCGUUCGAAUUUUCCGCAAUUAUCGGAACACUGGGAGUAUCUAUCUUAUACUUUGGAGUUAAUCCUACAGUUGCUAUUCUUGGCGCUUCCAAUAUCGCGUUAUAUGGCUGGGCCUAUACAUCUCUGAAAAGAAAGCAUAUUAUCAAUACAUGGCUAGGUGCCCUAGUAGGAACCAUUCCUCCGCUGAUGGGAUGGGCAGCAGCAAGCCCACUCUCCCAUCCAGGAUCUUGGUGUCUUGCCGGUCUACUCUUUGCUUGGCAAUUUCCACAUUUUAAUACGCUGAGUCACAACAUUCGAAAUGAAUACAAGAAUGCUGGAUACGUUAUGACUGCUUGGAAAAACCCGCUGUUAAACGCUCGUGUAUCAUUGAGAUAUUCUAUGUUGAUGUUUCCUCUAUGUUUUGGAUUAUCUUACUUUAAUAUUACAGAUUGGUAUUAUCAAAUAGAUUCCGGACUUGUAAAUGCAUGGUUAACCUUCUGGGCUUUCAAAUUUUAUUGGCAACAAAGAAUAAACUAUUCCGCUAAAACAUUAAAGGAUAACGUUAAAUUUAAUAAAGGCUUGAGUGUAGCCAACAUUUAUGCAAGGAAAACGUUUAUGGCUAGUGUAUUACACCUACCAGCAAUUUUAAUAUUAGCUAUUAUACAUAAAAAGGGCCGCUGGGAUUGGAUCUAUCCCGGUGAGGCAAAGCGACCACAGGAACGAAUUUAG